CCCCAAUCUGCUCAUUUUUCCGAUCACCACCACCCUCGCUCUCUCCCUCUCGCUAGCAAAUCCGAUUGCCGUCAUCAAUCCCAACCUUCAUCUCUCACUAUUCUUCAUCAACGAGCGGUACCCUCUUCCCCGUCCACCCUCACAGCCGCAUCACCUCUGGUCAAGCCUCGCCGGACCGCCACCGUCGACCGAAGAUUUUGUCGCCUAGAGACCCGGAGCCACCGCGUGAGGAGCAGUUUCACGCUCGAACAGCCGCGUGAAGCCAUCUCAGACCGUGAGCGGAAGCCCAUUCAAUCUAAACGCACCUCGUCAGUCCAUGUUCAUGGCGAGCAGAUCCCAGCCGACGCCUGCGAUUCACCUCAGCAAAGCAACUUCAGUCCAAUAACCACAGUAAGCUCCGUUGACUUUGCAUCGGGGACUUUUCCAACGGGUUCAUCGUCAAGUAUCCGAAAUCCUUCAGCCCUUGUUCGCCGAGAAACUCAAGGUCGGGCCCGUUCACGUCUGCAGCCCGUACCUCCGCUGAAGAGAAGUAGCAGUAGAAACACGUUGGCCUUGUUCAACGCAUCGGAGGUCUCGUCACCCCCGUCAGCCUUCAUUUGGCACCCCGAAUAG